AUGCCGCUCGGGAGUGAAUGUUCGAGCCAUUGUACUGGUGUACGUAACUCGCUGUAUUGUUGGCCGGCGGGCCACUCGACGCGCGGCACUGCCCACACCAGGACGGAUAUCAGAGCGUUUCCGUAGAUCGCACUUCGUGACAUUUGGUUCCGGGUCUGUGGUAGAGUUGGGAGUGAAGUGUUCUCGCUGUGUGCGCGCUUGGCAGACGACAACUAAGGACGUGUUUUUACUGGGCUGAUGCGGGUUUUAUAGAAAAAACAGUACGGAGCAGAGAAGUUACGGGGACUUUGACGCCGACAAGACCACGCUGUUUAAAUCCGUCACACAACACGUGUGGGUGUGAGAGGCCACGACAAACUGCUGUUCGCCAGCAUGUUUGAUAGAUUAGUACUUUGUGGAUAUACUUACGCAAAAACGCGAUAAGUAAUUACAGAUAAUGAACUAUCGCGCUGGUGUGUGUGUUCGCCGUGUACCGGCUCUGCUUACGAUAUCCGCACUUGAAGUAUUCAUGACCAAUUUAUAAUUAUAUAGCUUGGAGGAGAAAGACGUGGUGUGUGUGUACGAUUUUAUUUAACCACAAGUCAACAUGCCAGGCAAGAGAGUGCUUACGGACUGCUCCAAACAAACCCAGAAACGGGGCAAAAAGGCCAAACCUAAAUCUACUAACAGCAAACCAGGGGAAAUGGACACAGAAAAUAAUUCGGAUAGUGGUACGGACAAACUUUCCGUAAGUAAAGUGUUGGAUUUGGAAGCUGACGGCGCUACGGAAUAUCUGUGUCCCAUUGAAAAGGAGGGCGACACAGUGUUGGAAGUGGAGUGUGGCCCCAACAAGGCUUUGAUGUACCUAUCGAAACUUUACCAGGGAAGUAAGGGAUCGUGUUUAUCCUUUCAGGGGUCGUGGUUGACCCCAAAUGAAUUCCAGUAUGUAAGCGGGAGAGAAACCGCCAAAGAUUGGAAACGUUCCAUACGGCACCAGGGCAAGAGUAUUAAACUUCUCUUUUCGAAGGGAAUCCUGUCCGUGGGAGGAAGUUCCAAGAAUGCUAAACGACCAAAGAAGGGCGGUAAACGGUCCUCGUCUGCUCGGAGGGGUCGACGGAAAGUCAAUGUUAGUCUGGACUCGGCCGGCGAGGAAAAUGGGGAAAGUCGGGAAACAGAAGUUAAGUGCAGGGAAGAACAAGAAGGCGAGACAGAGUCGAAGGAUAGAAAGAACAAUUCAGAUACUAGCAAGGAAGUAGUUAAUGGCGAAGGAGACCUGUCGGACGCGAAUAGUGACUCCACAGAAAACUACGACGUAGAUUUUAUGGACUCGGUAACGGAGCCAGAUAAAGUGAUCUCCGAAAAUGACGACAAAUUCAAGCAUGGUCUCACUACCAACAAACUGUCCGCACCAACACCAGAACGAUUCCAGAAAAAGAUAGACGUGUUCUCAUUCGAAGCAAGCGAAGAAAGUAAUUCUAGUUUAAAGACAGACAGUACGUGUGAAAAGAACAUAACGGACGAUGAAAUUGUGCCGGAAGAAACAAUAACAUCUGAGUGCGAUACGAAAGUUAAGGAUGUGGACGAUGUUGUAGAGGAAAAUACACUCUGUGUAAAAAAUGGGUUAGGGGAAUAUACAUUUGAAGACGGAGACAAUAAAACAGAGGAAGAGGAAAGUGCUGAACAACCAACAGAGGGAGAGCCAAUAAGUGACGAAAAAGAGAUUAAGAAAAUCGCGGAACUGGAAACUUCCGAGGAAAAUAAGGACGAUACUGUUGUAACUAUGGAAGAGAAAGAAGUGAUCAAUGAGGACGAAGCAACCGAGGAAAAGCAAGAAGAAAUCAAAUUGGCGAUAGAGGAAGAAGUAGAAGACGAGGAACAGAAAGUUGAAGAACAGAAAGUGUCAUCUAAGCGUCCGAGCCCCGCCAGAGAAUCAAAACUUGGAAGCAUCAUUGACCAACUGCGGGUCAACAGAGAGAAAGUGACAAAGGAGAGACGAGAGAAUGGCGCCGAACUUACCACCAGAGAGAGUCAGGAAGAAUUUUCCAAGAAGGAUUGUCCUAGCGAUAUAAGUAAGAAACGGGAUCUUCCGACUGAUCUGACCAAAGAAAGUAGACAAGGAAUACUUGAUUUUAGGAAGGAAACGCAGAAAGGAAUUGAAGACUUCACCAAGAUAGGACGAGAAAGCAUGCACAGCUUGUUCAAACCCGAGGACGGGAAAGACUUCUCAAAGGAGACACGAGGACAAGAUACAGCAAAGCUGAACAAAGCGGGAUGGCAAAUGCCGGCACAGACGACUAGAAAUCCGCUUGCAACAGAGAUGAAAAUCGCAAAGAUAAUAGACGAGCAAAGAAAGGAUUCCAGAAGACAUGCGCCAUGUACGGAGGAAAAGAAGGUUCCGAAAGGCCACCCCCUGUCUGCCAACAUUCACCAAAAGAAACAUCCCGAACGAACCCCAAGCGAAAUCAUGGAAUUUCUAAGCAAGAAACGUGGCGGCACUCCCACUAGUGACCGCCACUCUUUUCCAUCAGCGGGAAUGUUGUACCCGUGGAUAAAGAAGGAGUCAGACGAUACUGGCGAUAGGUCAGGCAAAUCUCAGACUUCUAGUCCAUCUGCUCGUCUCACACCAGUCGAUAAAGUAAAGAAAUCGUCCAGUUCUACUCGAGAGAAGAAGGAAUCGUCAUCCGAGAAGGACUACAAUGAUUACAUGAGGGUACUGGCCGCCAAACAAGAACGCAACCCAUUUUUCCUGUCUCCACCUGUGCAUGACCCGUACUUUUCCAUGUGGACUCCGGAUUUGCUUUUCCCGCCCGGACUUUUCAAUCCUUACUCGAUGUUUCUCGGCCCUAACGGUCAGCGUGCCGAGGUGCCUACGACCACAUCAAUGUCAACGUUAUGUUCAAUGCCAAGUGGUGGACUUCCAGGAUUCAUGACACCGCCACGCCCCCCUCAUAAUAAUAUGUCCUACCCUAUCCUCGACUCUUACGUACCACACACCAGUCCCAAGGAGUCUCCAUCCUUACCUCAUUCCUGUCAGAACAACUCCCGGAAGCGGGGACCUGCAGAAGCGGACACCGCAUGUGCACUUGAUCUCUCUACAAAACGUACCAAACUCGAGUGUAGUAAAAAUGACUACCUCAAUUCGCCAUUAUCACGUUCGUCAGAAUCCGUUGACAAUUGUAAAAAAAGUUCAUUGCUGAAUUUGUCAAAUGAAAAACUUCCUGAAGGAGACAAAUCAAACAUUCAUAAAACACAUAAUAGUCAUCGUCAUAAGAAGAGCAAUCAUCAUUCCAUUUGGCUGGAGAAAGACAUCAAAGGUCAGAAGUUACAGUGUAAAUGUGGAGCGGACAACCCGGAUAAUAUCAUGAAUUGGUCAGCCGAGAAGGUGUUCGACUUCGUGUCUAAAUUAGAGGGCUGCAGCUCGUACGCAAAGACCUUCCUGGCUCAUAGAAUAGAAGGGAAGCUCCUGCCUCUCCUCACAACAGACGCUCUUAUCCGGAACCUCGGCAUGAAGGUUGGGCCCGCCAUUAUCCUCAGCGAAGCUGUCACUCGACACGUGCAGGACAUGAGCCGCUUCUUUCAUCCGUGUAGUUACUGCAAACUCAAGACAUCCCAACGCCUGUCCGUGUGAUGACGUCACCACAAACAUCAAUAUGUUUCCAGAGUCUUUUGUUACAUGAAAAUUUUUAUUUAUUUGUGACUAUAUAUUUCACGCAGCUCGGAAAGUUGGCGUGUUAACUGUUCACAGCAGUAGUCCCGCACCUCUUGUGUUGUACCGAACGAGGUGACAAGCCUGCCAAUGACCAAUCACUCGUCGCUUACACAUCUACAGUGUCAAAUCAGGGAAAACCUACUUUCAUUUUUUGAUGUAAUUUUUCUAUGUGACAUACCACACAUCUUUGAUGACGUUGUACAAUACACUGAUAGAUAGUAGGUUAUGGUAAGGUAUGUGUUGAAACUGUAAUGUCGAAACUGGCAAACAAUUAAUGUAAAAUGUAAUUAUGUUGAAUGGUGCUAUGUCAGUUUAAUUUGUAUGUGUUUUGACAAUGUGUAGAAUGAGCAGAUCUGUGCUAUGACAGAGUGUAGUCGCUCGAAGAUUCCCCUGAUUGAGGCACUAGUCAUUGACUCCGAUCCUGAGGCUGACCAGCCUCGCUCUGAUCGAUGCUACGUCGUCACGCCAAGUGGUAGCGAAUUGGACAAUGCUAUAUAAUAGUUUGUUAUUUGAUUAUCACUGGUGCGAAGAUGCGUGGUAGUUAUAAUCAGCGUGUUACAGGGAAGAUGUGUAUCCUGUAAUAUUUUAUCAUAGCGGUAUGACACUCCGACUUUAAAAUGUGUCAGAAAUUAAUUGCAAUAAAGCCGUAUUGGACGACGGCCAUUGUUUAUAUGUAGCAUCACUCGUUAUUGAUGUGAGUGCCCGCGGAACUUGAGUGGGUGACGUGGAUUCCGGUCAAUCAGGACUAAUACUGGUGAUCGAUGACACGUGACUGCCCCGUGACGUAAUCUGUUUACAUUCCUCUGCCCUGUCAGUUUACACGGAUGUCGUUUUUGCAAUAUCACUCAUGGCUCAACUGUCUUUAGUGCAGUUUUAGUAGGGACCGCAAGCCAUUAACAUGUACGUAGACGCAAACUAAAUCAAAUAUUUCGUGUGAUGCCUAUUAUACGUGAUGUGUUGUCUUACUAUGCAGAUUUGUGUAUUGUAGAAAUCCUAGCGUAGGAUUAUGCAAUUUCAAGGGUCGAAAUUUGAAAAUGUUGAACAAACUAGGGGGAUUUUUUUGUAAUGAAGAAAAGCAGCUGAUAGAUUUAGCGAAUACAUUUUGUGUGUAUGUUAUUAUUGUACACGGAUUAGUAUCUGUGGAUUAGUUGGUCUGUAGUUUUAGUCGGGUGUAUGUCACCUGGAUGGGGAAUGUCGAUAUAAGGCUGUGUCAGACGUUCCUUCGAGACCUCGUGGUGCCACAUGCUGUUCUCUGUAAUGUCGCUAAUGAUAUUCCAUGGAACCUUGGUAUGGUUAAUGUCAGCGAAGACAGAAUAAGAUCGUGGUCCACGGAACCUUGGUAUGGUUAAUGUCGUCAACGACAGAAUAAGAUCGUGGUCCACGGAACCUUGGUAUGGUUAAUGUCGUCAACGACAGAAUGAGAUCGUGGUCCACAGAACCUCGGUAUGGUUAAUGUCGUCAACGACAUAAUGAGACCGUGUGCCAAGGAAGCUCGGUUUUUGUAAUGUCGUUAGAGUACGUGAUGUGAUGUCGUAGGGCGUUCCCAGAAGUGUCGCUAACUGACGACAUGAUAGGGAUCGUGAUGCCGUAGGACUUCGUUCGCAUACAUUGUACGAAGAAAUCCAAUUUGCAGGAAUGGGAAAUCCAAUUUUGACGCUUGCGUGCUCCACGCACGCAGGGUUUCACCUGGACAAAGGUGUGGGCUGAAGACUGUAUAUAUCAUGUUUGUGUACCAAGUUUUGGUGUACGUCUAGAUGUCUAUCGAUUAAAGAAAUAUUAAAUAUA